CUGGAAAAGGAGAGAUAAAUCAGAGAUUCUGCACUAUUGGGCCUACUGUCUCAACCAGAUUCACUCUGCAGUUCUACCUCAUGGCUUCGGUUCUCAAGGUGGAGUGUCUUGAGCAGAAGUACCAGCAUCUCCUGGAACUUGUUACAAAUGCAAAUGAUCAGAUCUCAUUCCAGCCUGGAUUAGAAGUCUGUCAGGGCCCAUCAAGCAGUGUUUUAACAGGCCCUCCAGAAGAUGCUGAUGAAAGCCAACAUGUGAGAACCACUUCCUUAAGCCACUCCGGAAGCCCAGCCCACGCGUAGCUGAGCUCUGAUAGGCUCCUUUGAAAAUCUACGAGCUCCCUGAUUGGUGGAUACGAGGCUCUUUAGCGCGGAUCUACUACCAUACCUGUUGACUAAUUAUGGAAGACUAUACAAAAAUAGAGAAAAUUGGAGAAGGUACCUAUGGAGUUGUGUAUAAAGGUAGACAUAAAACUACAGGUCAAGUGGUAGCUAUGAAGAAAAUAAGACUAGAAAGUGAAGAGGAAGGGGUUCCUAGUACUGCAAUUCGGGAAAUCUCUCUAUUAAAAGAACUUCGUCAUCCAAAUAUAGUUAGUCUUCAAGAUGUGCUUAUGCAGGAUUCCAGGUUAUAUCUCAUCUUUGAAUUUCUUUCCAUGGAUCUCAAGAAAUACUUGGACUCUAUCCCUCCUGGUCAGUUCAUGGACUCUUCACUUGUUAAGAGUUAUUUGUACCAAAUCCUACAAGGGAUUGUGUUUUGUCACUCUAGAAGAGUUCUUCAUAGAGACUUAAAACCUCAAAACCUGUUAAUCGAUGACAAAGGAACCAUUAAACUGGCUGAUUUUGGCCUUGCCAGAGCUUUUGGAAUACCAAUUAGAGUAUACACCCACGAGGUAGUGACACUCUGGUACAGAUCUCCAGAAGUAUUACUGGGGUCAGCCCGUUACUCGACUCCGAUUGACAUUUGGAGUAUAGGGACCAUAUUUGCAGAAUUAGCCACCAAGAAACCACUUUUCCAUGGGGAUUCAGAAAUUGACCAACUCUUCAGAAUUUUCAGAGCUUUGGGCACCCCCAAUAAUGAAGUGUGGCCAGAAGUGGAAUCUUUACAGGACUAUAAGAAUACAUUUCCUAAGUGGAAGCCAGGAAGUCUAGCAUCCCACGUAAAAAACUUGGAUGAAAAUGGUUUGGAUCUGCUCUCGAAAAUGUUAGUCUAUGAUCCUGCCAAACGGAUUUCUGGCAAAAUGGCCCUGAAUCAUCCUUAUUUUAGUGAUUUGGACAAUCAGAUUAAGAAGAUGUAGCUUUCUGACAAGAAGUUUCCACAUGUAUCAUGAACAGAGAGCUGUACUUUUACUGUUAACUCUAUUUCUGUCUUGUAUAUUAUUCUUUUCUUUGUUGUAAAACUUAUGCUGUACUUCAUCAUCUUAACUUCAAAAGUAUAACUUAAAAAUGUAAAUAUUGUUCUAUAUGAAUUUAAAUAUAAUUCUGUAUAUGUUUGUAGAUCUCACU